GUUGCUCUGACGACAUCAGUGUGCGCCGCCCGGUGUGUCUGGGCCCUUGGUUGCCGGGUGACCGCAGGAGUGUGGUGGCAUGGCGCUGUUCACCAUCAACAGAUACCUCUGCGAUGAUGAACCUGCUAACAGUCUGCAUGAUAACUCCCAAUCCCAAAUUUUGCUAGAGAAGCUUCAUCAAGCGGCCAAGGCCAGACAGCAACAGCUGGAAAUUAAGAAAUGUCCCAUAGAUGGAGAGGGACGGAGGAAUGAGGGAGAUGAUAAGAACGGAGGAAAGCAGGGCAAAAAGAGGAAAAGAGAAGCUGAGGAAGAGGAUACAAUUUCAAAGAAAAGUGGGAAGAAAGCAAAACGCCUGUCAAAUGAAUCUGGAGACAGUGAGAAAAGUAGGAGACCUGCUGACUGCCAAGUGCUCAAAUUAGAGAAGGGGGAUGCAGGGUUCAAUGCUAAGCAGUUACAUAACAAGAAGGUGAAGAGGAUCAUUACUGGAGUGGAGAGGAAAGGCAACGAUCAAGAUCAAAGCACAAAUAAUACAGAGACAUCCGACAAAUCUAAUUAUGACCAGGCAAGACAGAAUGGCGAUUCCGAAAAAUCAGAGCAGACAGGAGUGAAGGAGAAAAAUGAUCAGGAUGAGAACCAAAUGUCAACUGGUUCUAAAUCGAGUCUGACUAUUCUUGGAGGGUUUCAGAAGAAAAAGAUUCAGAAGGUGCAUCGAGUCUUGCCUCAAUGGCUUGCUAAGCCCCUGCUGGUCAACAAGGACAUUAAACAGAAUCUAAAAGCAAUCGAAAAUGUUCCAGGAAUUCAUGAGAAACUGCUUCAGAAACUUCGAGCCAAUGGUAUCCAUUCCUUCUUCCCAGUUCAAACUGAGGUAAUCCCCACCCUCCUGGAGAGCACAAAGCAUGGAUUGUUGCUGGGCCGAGGGGGCUAUAGGCCGAGAGACAUUUGUGUUUCAGCACCCACUGGCAGUGGCAAGACCCUGGCAUUUGUUAUCCCCAUUGUUCAGGCACUGAUGGACCGUGUAGUAUGCAGAGUUCGAGCCCUGGCUGUACUCCCAACCAAGGAACUGGCUCAGCAGGUAUGUAAGAUCUUCAGUAGUUAUACUGAAGGCCUGGGUCUGAAAGUAGUGAUUAUUGCUGGACAGAAACAAUUUGCUAUGGAGCAGGCCUCUCUUGUAGAGCAUACGAUCACUGGCUACCGUAGCUUGGCAGAUAUCAUUGUUGCAACUCCAGGACGUUUGGUUGACCACAUUGCCAAAACAGAUGGAUUUGAUCUGCAACAUCUCCGAUUCUUGAUAAUUGAUGAGGCAGAUCGAAUGAUUGACAACACGCACCAGGAUUGGCUGAACAAAGUAGAGAGGGCAGUAUACCAAGUGAUUGAAUGUUCAGCUCCAGACAGUUUGUUCCAGAGGAUAAAGCCAGGGAUUUGCACAGCUGCAAGCCAUUCCCGGCUGCAGAUGCCCCUGCAGAAGCUGCUGUUUUCUGCCACCCUCACUCAGGAUUCCGAGAAACUGCAGCAGUUGGCACUGCACCAACCUCAACUCUUCACCUCUAACUACACACCCUUGGAAAGGGACACCCAUGUGAUCCAGAGUGAACUCCAAGAAUCCGGUGACACUGUUGGAAACAAGUACACCUUGCCCGAGGGCCUGACAGAAUUCAUUGUACCAUGCAAUCUUAGAAAGAAGCCUCUGAUAAUCCUCUACUUUGCCCUGAGAAUGAAAUUCAGUCGUAUCCUGUGUUUCACCAACUCCAGAGAUGCAUCGCACAGGUUGUAUCUAUUACUUUGUGCCUUUGGUGGCAUAGCAGUGGCAGAAUUUUCUUCCAGGCUUUCCCCCAUUGUAAGACGAAAGACACUGAGAGAGUUCGAGAAAGGAAAUCUCCAAAUACUGAUCAGCACAGAUGCAAGUGCUAGAGGAAUUGAUGUUAAAGGUGUCACGUGUGUGGUUAACUAUGAUGCCCCACAGUUCAUCAGGUCGUACAUCCACAGAGUUGGUAGAACUGCUCGAGCUGGGAAAGCUGGGCUUGCAUUCACACUCCUCCUAAAAGUGCAGGAACAGCAGUUCCUUCAAAUGCUGAGAGAUGCUGGGAGCAAAGAGAUGAAGAAGCAUUUGGUGAGACAGAAAUACUUGGCUCCACUGAUUGAGCGCUAUGAAAAUGCUUUGCAAGUGUUUCAGCAGGUUCUUAAGGAUGAAAAGAGGAAGGAGCGUCCGUGAGUUAGAGAAACAAGAAGAUUGGAAGUUACCUGGACGAAGGAAAUCCACUGACCAAUUGAGUUUAUGAAGGAUGCUCAACUGGAAAUCUCUGCUAUUGAUUUUCAAACAGAUAUGUUUAUAUACAAAUAAUGUAUAUUACAGGCAGCCAACAAUUGUAAUGGACAGUUUGUAUUCUGGGGUCAUUGGACAGUGUGUGAUGAUGUAAUGUCAGCAUUCAUACCUGUACUGCAACUAGUUAUUGAUGUUAGUAUAGCUUGUAAUGUUAAUCAUGGAUUUCAUAGCUGGUCUGUGAAACUGUCCAGAACCUUGACACAAUAUUGGUCAUUAGCCCGUGCUAAGCCAGCAACCUAUGACCCACAGCCCCACAACGUUGAAUGACAUUACUGAAAUUCCUUCACAGGCGGCAUCAAGAAACUGGGACUCAGGUUUGUUUUCUUGGAUGGGAUUACUGUGAUACAGCAGCAUUUGUAGCCAGAUAUACCAUGGACUGUUCCACGUUUUGUUUGAAGCUCAUUGGUAUGCUUUCCGCUGGUGAAUGUCUAUGAGAGGAGGAGGUAAUCGUGCAGAAACAAUAGAAGGGACCAGAAGAGAGUAUGACCGUCCUUAAAAUAUAAAGGCAUAUUAAAUUAAAACUGACUGAUAAAACUGCAGCCACCACUGAAAAGGAAAGCAAAGUUGACACUUGCACCAAAGGAGCUUCUCGAAGUCAAUAACAAAGAAACUAAGUACCUUACAGAACCCUAUCUGGAUGAGUGUAUGACAAUCCUUGUAUCCUGUCCCACUGUGGGAAUCAUCCUAGAAACCCAUUCUGGCUCUCGGUUAACAUGCACUGAAACGUGUGUAUUCUGGUAGUGGUCAGGAACAGGAAUCUUGACCAGGUUACUAAUCAAUGGCAUUCAUGUCAAUCAUGUACAAUCAACCCAGAUAUAACUUUUAAAAAAUAAAAUAUUUUCAAAUGAA